GGAAGUGAGAGGGUGUGUUGUUGGAGUACUGAGGAGUACAAACACUAUCUGGCAUCAGGAGGAGUUGAACUGGUCUGAAACAGACACCAGAGGGGAAGAUCUAAUUUGGAAAGAGAUCUGGCCUGUUUCUAACCCACUAGGUGAGAUGACAGAGACUGCGGAGAUUGUUUUCCCUUUCCCCCAUGCUGGCAAGUGAUGAGGUCAUCUGAGUAAACUGCAGAUUUGUGCCACUAACAAAAGUGGCUAAACUGAGGACUGUCAUGAACCUGUGAGGUGAGGAAAUCUGCCGGAAAGUGCAGGAUCCACCAAGGCAGAGAAGGAACUUUAUCACAGGAGCAAUAUUGUAUCUGAAGACUGAGCCCGGAGGAUUAUUUGAACAUUUCCCUUUUGCUUUUGGGGAGGCCGGAUUGCAAAGGACAGAGCCAUGCCCAGGAGGAGCAUCUUGGAGGUGAAGGUGCUGGACGUGCAGAAAAGGCGAACCCCCAACAAACACUAUGUGUAUAUAAUCAAAGUCACGUGGUCCAAUGGUUCCACAGAAGUCAUUUAUCGACGGUACAGCAAGUUCUUUGAUCUGCAGAUGCAGAUGUUGGACAAGUUCCCAAUGGAAGGAGGGCAGAAGGACCCCAAACAAAGGAUCAUCCCCUUUCUGCCAGGGAAGAUCCUCUUCCGCAGAAGCCACAUCCGAGAUGUUGCCGUCAAGCGUCUGAUACCUAUUGAUGAAUACUGCAAGGCUCUGAUCCAGCUGCCACCCUACAUCUCUCAGUGUGAGGAGGUUCUUCAGUUCUUUGAGACAAGACCCGAAGACCUUAAUCCCCCCAAAGAGGAACCCAUUGGAAAGAAGAAGUCUGGGUUUAUCCAGAGAACGGCUUCUUUCCUUCAGAGAGGCGGUGACUUGGCAUCAGUAGAUCCCAUGGUCCUGGAGCAGUAUGUGGUGGUGGCAGAUUACCAGAAGCAGGAGAGCUCUGAGAUCAGCUUGUGCGUGGGUCAGGUGGUGGAUAUCAUUGAGAAGAAUGAAUCAGGCUGGUGGUUUGUGAGCACAUCUGAUGAGCAAGGCUGGGUCCCGGCUACGUGCCUGGAAGCUCAGGAUGGUGUCCAGGAUGAAUUCUCAAUGCAGCCCGAAGAAGAGGAGAAGUACACAGUCAUUUACCCAUAUACCGCUAGAGACGAGGAUGAAAUGAACCUAGACAAAGGGGCUGUGGUAGAGGUGAUCCAGAAAAACCUUGAGGGCUGGUGGAAAAUCAGGUAUCAGGGUCAAGAGGGCUGGGCUCCAGCAUCCUAUCUGAAGAAAGGAACUGGAGAGAUGUUUACACAGAAAUUAGGAUCUGGCUCAUCCACCCACUCAUGUGCCCUGGAUCUGGAUGGUGUUCCCCGGCAGCAGAACUCAACAGGCCGAGAGAAGGACGGGCCCAACAACCAAAGAGAGGGAAGGUUUGAUGGUCGACCAUUACCGCAGGCUGACAUUCGACGCAAGUCGCCAAAGAUGAGGCAGAGGCCUCCUCCUCGCCGAGAUCUCACUAUACCACGUGGUUUGAACCUGCCUAAACCUCCUGUCCCUCCCCAAGUGGAAGAAGAAUAUUACACCAUUGCUGACUUCCAGACCAUCAUCCCCGACGGCAUCAGCUUCCACGCAGGAAUGAAAGUGGAGGUGAUCGAGAAGAACCUGAGUGGCUGGUGGUACAUUCAGAUUGAGGAGAAGGAAGGCUGGGCCCCAGCUACCUUUAUUGAUAAAUACAAGAAAACUAGCAAUGCUUCUAGACCUAACUUUCUAGCACCGUUGCCUAAUGAGAUGGCCCAGCUCCAGCUUGGCGAGGCCACUGCAGAGAGUAACACCAAUGAAGAAGCCACUGGGCCAUCCAGGCCUCUGCCUGAAGCUCCACCUAAUGGUAUAGACUUUGGAAUGAAAUGGGCCAAAGACUGGAAGGGGAAGGAGGCUCUCAAGAGUGCCCCCUCGGAGAGCGGUGAUGUAGCCGCUGGGUAUGAGGAGAUCUCUGAUCCGGAUACAGAGGAGAAGCCCAGCCUCCCACCCAGGAAGGAGUCGAUCAUUAAAUCUGAAGGUGAGUUAACGGAGAGGCAAAGGCCUCCACCCAAGCCCCCGGGCAUGAUCUUGCCAAUGAUCCCUCCAAAGCAGACAGCCGCCCCGAGGGACAGCAAGAAGCCAGAGCUGAAAACAGAAAAGGGAAAACUGUUCCAGCUGAAAAAUGAAAUGGGCCUGGAGUGCGGGCACAAGGUGUCAGCCAAAGAAGUGAAGAAGCCGAACCUCCGACCCACUGUCAAGCCAGCCAAGCCAAAAGCUGAGCCCCCAGAAGACAAGUCUGAGCCAAUGACCCAGAAUCCCUUCUUGAAAUCAAAACCUCAGAUCAGGCCGAAACCAACUGCAGCCCCCAGGACAGACCCACCUCAGGCAGAUGAUAAACUGGACAUUGGCAAUCUGAGAAGCAAGCUCAGACCUGCAAAGUCCCAAGAGAAACCCUCUGAGCAGGAUCCCAUCCCUACUGAAAAUGUCUUCAAUAACAAUGUGCUCCCAGCAGAGGUUUCUGGUAGGCCUCAGGAGCGACCGAGCGUGGAGAACAGACCCCCAACCAAACAGGACAGCCAGAUCCCAAAGGAGGCUCCACCCAGAGCUCCCUUUAGCCUGCCAAAGAUGGCCGACAGUGAGCCCAAGAACAGCUCCCCGACUCCCAGAGAGCCGCCACUUCAGCGGCCAGUGGUGCCACCCAGGAGACCUCCUCCACCAAAGAAAGUGGUAUCCUCCUCCUCUGGUCCCACUGCAGAGCUGAAAGCCCCACAGAGGGAAGUGCCUGAAAUCAGAGCUGCCUCGGUGCCUGGCCGGCCCAUGCUAGUUCCACCAAAGGCCAAACCAUUCCUGCCUGCUGUGUGCCAAGAUGAAGCCAAAGGGAAAAGCAGCUUAGGCCCAAAGGUAACAUCCAAGCAGGUGGAGAGAGGGGAAGCCAGGGAGAGGACAGCUGCCCCCUUCACCAAUCCAGAUAUCUCCAAAGAAGCCCUCUAUGUGGCUGUGGCAGAUUUUGAAGGAGACGAAGAGACCAGCAGCUUUAAAGAAGGGACCUUAUUUGAAGUUCGUGAGAAGAACAGCAGCGGCUGGUGGUUUUGCAAGGUCCUAACUGGGGGACCUUGUUGGGAGGGCUGGAUUCCCUCCAAUUAUCUAAGGAAGAAGCCAUAGUCUGCCCUCAGUUUACACAGUUGAAGGUUCCUGUUCUUUCACCCGAGUAUUUAAUUAGCUUAUUAAUUUAUAGUUUUCCAUAAUGUUGGCUUAAAAAUAUGCGAGAUACUGUACAUUCCAAUUUGUACCAUUCCUGAGGCAGAAUUCAAGAAGCAGGCUUGACAUAACGCAGCUAGGCCUUCAUUCCUGCUCUGUCUGCUCCCGCCUUCAUAGGAAAUACUUUCCUCCUUUGUCCAUCUAUGGCAGCCCAGCCCCUGUAGAUGGACAUGUGAAGUUGUUUCUCAACAAGCUUCUUGGUGUAUGUUGGCUAACGCAGUUCCCUCCCUAUCCUAGAAAAAUUAUUGGUGCCCACUAGGCUUUUUGAUGCAACAACAGGGAAACCAGAGGAAAUUCAGCCACGAUCCAGGUAAAGAAGUGAUGCCAGCCCCACUCACCAAAUGGAAUCUGGAAUAACAAAAAGAGUUGCUUUUCCUGGUGGCUCAGGGUCACUGUUAAAUGUCUGAUACUGUAUUGCCAAGUCCAGCCAUACACAGGAAACCAUAGGGACAAGGAGAAACAGUACUGCAAAAUCAGGUCCAUAUAGCUGUGUGUGCAUUGACAUGCUCACUCAGGCCAUGUGUCGCAGUCUAGUUAAGUUUGUGCCUUGCUUGCCUGUACCAUCAAACACAGUCCUUUUACCUCUUGUUUCCUGUACAAUGAUGGGUGUUAAUUUAAAUAUCAUUUUAUUUUUAAAAAAAGAUAAACUAAAAGAAUGGAGGAUCCUCUGUGCUGGGCCAGGGCCCUGCUCAGACUUGUGGCUGAUGGUGAUUCAGGCAAGCUCUGUCACAUUUCAUUUCAGUGGCUGGAGAGAACUAUAUGCAGCAUGGUUCACAACGGGCUUGGCAAAGACAACUCGGAUGAUCGUGGGAGAGAAGGGUGUGGGAGAAUGCUUGCACGCCUCUUCCCAGCACAGACUACAACUCUGCAUUUCAUACUGGACUGCCCAGGGAAAUGGUUCUCUUGACCCCUGUUCCCAUGGUGCCCCAGGGCUGUCAGGCAGUAGCUAGAUGGUGGCUGUACUAUAAUGGGUGCUGGUAUCAUCUAGUACAAUCCAGAGUGUGGGCUUGGUCCCUGGAGAUGAAAAAGGAGGGGGGAGCAUGUGUGACUUUUCUGGUACUCAGGUGUUGCUGUUUCUCUUAGGCUUGGCUCUCCCUUGUUUUGCUUUCCUUUGGGGUGGGAGAAUAUAGUGCCUUUUGUUGAUACCUUGCUUCCCAUUUAAAGAGUUCCCAUCCGCUAACCAUGCUGGGCUUGUUAAACUCUCUCUGAAAUGGUUUAUCUGCCUGUUUCUUCAUCUAUCUUUCAAGCUGUUCUCGAGAUACUUCCACUGUGUCCUCCAUGUCUGUGCAUAUGUCGGUGUGCUUGGAGGUUUCACUUAAAAUAAAGUAUGUUUCAACAUUUUCACCCUCCUGCCUGCCUGGACUAACCCCACUUGCUUGCAGUGUUGCUGAUUCCAGGAAGAAAGUAGAUUUCAUCUGAUUGGCUGUCAUUCCCUCACAUCCCUUUCUUUCCUUUUGUAUUCAACUCGCUGUGGAUUCAGCGCAGUGCCUUUUCUAUCCUAGAAGAGUUUUAAACCCCACUUUUGAGGCUUACCACUUGCUCCUUCCCACCUGCCACAUGCUAACUAUAGCAGUAAGCACAGCAGAGGUGACUCCACAGAUACAGUUUCCAUAGAUGGAAUUCUGCACAGGUUCCAACAAAAGCAAAGUCUAACAGAAUCAGAUACUGGCAACCUUAUUGAUGCAGCAUGACAAGUCAUAUCAGGGCAUUUUGUCCCCAUGCACACAGUCCCGUCCCCUGGACAACUAUUCGUUUAACUCCAUUCCUAUUCAUCAAGUCUUUAUCACAAAGGUAUAUGUAGGAUUAUCAGUCUUAGUUUAUAGAGCACAAACUUAAUGAGAACCGUACUGUACCUGUCUAUUUCUCUUUCUCCCCCCCCUCUCUUUUUUCCCGUUGUCUAGAGCUUUAUAAGAUUGCAGCUUGUGGGUCAUGUGGUAACUAAUAAUCUCAUUGUUUUUGGUGACCCGUGGUAAAUACUUUAUAAUAGGAUCCAACAAUGCAAGGUAACUCGUGUAGUAUUGGUGAUGUGCUUAUAUGCUCCCAGCAGAAUCAGGUAGCAAUGUAACCCUACAAUGUUGCUGCAUUGCAUCUCUUUGCUUAGUUAAAACUCCUCCUUUGUGUAAAUAUGGAUGUGGCUGAUUAUGGGUUAAGAGUGGGCUGGGCAGCAGUAAAACUUUGUUCAUGUCUUCUUUGAGUUGUGAAGGUACUAGACAGAAUUGUGUCCCUUCUCUUUCACUAGCCUUGGGCUGCUUCUGUGCUUUCAGUUCGCAUACACAUACUCAUGCUAGCUUGGUGAGAGAUAGCGCAAGUACAGACAGCAGUGUGGCCAUGGUAGCAUGGGCAGCGGCAUGGCUUAGCCAUCCUGAAUACCAGGGUGCACGUGGGUUUGUACUUGAACCAGCAAAUAUAGAAACUGUGCGUGCUUUCCCUAUGGUAUUUCAGCUCUCUCUGUCACGCUUAGACUUCAUUGAUCUUUGUUCCGUUUCAGUGAGACAAUGUCUUUGGUGCCAAAUCCACACAGUCCCAGGCCCUUCUGUUUGUUGCCUGUUCCCAUUGGGGAGCGAAAGGGAUUUCUUUCCUCCAUCAAGGUUUGCACACAGUGUCAGCGCAGCUUCUUCCUUUAUCCAUUUAUUUGCCCCUUUGUGUCCAUCACAGUAGCCGGUGACCCACAUUUCAGUCUGUACUUCUCAGCUGGGAGCAGAGGAGCUGCUCUUCAAAGACCUCUUGGGAAGAUCUUUUUCCCCUAGACUAAAUGCUGAGACUGUGUUAAUGAAUGCUUCAUGCUGUAGAACUCUUAAUACAUUGAGCCAACUACAGUGAUAAUUACAGGAUUGAUCUGUGGUUACUGCACAGGCGUCAAAUGGGUUAGUUACCAUCACCUGCUGUAUAAGUGGUGGUAACACUUCAAAGGACCACAAGCCCUAUAAACUAGCUGGCUUAGAGAACACAAAUAAUCGUCUGAUGCCCCUGCCACUUCCUAGUCUUUCCCAGACCAGGUAUUGCACCGCCCUGCCCUUGCCAUAUUUGAAAUCAAAAAGGGUCUCAGGCUGGCAAAGAAGAUCCCAGUGUGGAAGAGGCUGAGAACUUUACUACAUAACACCCUCCCUUUUAUCUGGGAUCUACAAGAAAACUCUUCAGACACAGAUAGUAUGGUUCAGUGCUCAGAGCAGGGGUUCUCUCCCUGUCUGUGCUACUGAAGCUCUGUCACCACAGGCAGGGCAUAUCACCUCUGUGCCUUGUUUACCUGUCUGUAAAAUGGGGAUAAUUCUACUGACCUACUUUGCUGGGGGAUUGGGAAGCUCAGUUAGCUAAUGCUUGCAAAGCACUUUGAGAACCUAAGCCAGAAGGCACUGGAGAAGGGCAGAGUUUCAUUUUAAAUAUGAUUCCCUGGUACCUUAGCAUUAAACUCCCCUAUUGUUACAAAGUACCUGCCUUCCAUGGAAAUCCUUCACCAUGCAGCUCAGCGAUUAGCAUUUGCUGUGUGGGUGAACAAUACUCUUACUUUCUGUAUAACAAACCCGGCUUUGCGGCUCUUCAGCUCGGUGUAUCGCAGGCAGGCUGGAGGCCUCAACUGCAAACUAUGGAAGACUGUUUGUUUGUCUCCUUAUACUAUGUAAACACGUAUAAAUCUCUACAUUACUGUGGGUGGGCGGGGGUGCCUGAGGAAGGUAGAUAUGGCCUAUGUAAAUGCCAUAUCUAUACUUUGGCCAUUAGGCUUAUUUGGUAUGGGGGGGGGGAAGUGGGGGAUUUUUUUGUUUUGUUUUUUAAAUAAAAAGCCUGCUUGACUGGUUUCAAGCAGAAUUGUGACCA